AUGGCGAGUUGUUCCUUUGCUGGCGACAAGGCGACAAGGAGACUAAGAGCUACAGCAGCAGCAGCAGCCUCGGCAGCUCUGACUGCAGUGGCGACCACCCGGCUUCUUUCCUCGGGACCCCCGACCGCACUCAUUGGGAACGGGUCAUCCUGUCCGGGAGCCAUGUGGCUCUCCAAGGCCACUGGCUCCCGGUCAGACUCCGAGUCGGAAGAGGAGGACCUCCCCGUCGGGGAUGAAGUCUGCAAACGCGGCUACCUGCGGAAGCAGAAGCACGGGCACAGGCGAUACUUCGUGCUCAAACUCGAGACCAACGAUGCCCCGGCUCGGCUGGAAUACUACGAAAAUGCCAGGAAGUUCCGGCACAGUGUCCGGGCCGCGGCUGCUGCUGCAGCGGCGUCUGCCUCUGGGGCCGCUGCCCCUGUGCUCAUCCCACCGCGGCGCGUGAUCACCCUGUACCAGUGCUUCUCUGUGAGCCAGCGAGCUGAUGCCAGGUACCGACAUCUCAUUGCCCUUUUCACCCAAGAUGAGUACUUCGCGAUGGUAGCCGAGAACGAGUCGGAGCAAGAAAGCUGGUACUUGCUGCUCAGCCGCCUCAUCCUCGAGAGCAAACGCCGCCGCUGCGGCACGCUAAGCGCACAGCCGGACGGAGGAGAGCCAGGCGCGCUAGCGGCCGCAGCGGCGGCGGAGCCACGCUUCUACAAAGAUGUGUGGCAGGUAGUAGUGAAACCCAGGGGGCUGGGGCACAGAAAAGAGCUGAGCGGCGUGUUCCGGCUGUGUCUUACCGAUGAAGAGGUCGUGUUUGUGAGGCUCAAUACCGAAGUGGCCAGUGUGGUUGUCCAGCUCCUCAGCAUUCGUCGCUGUGGGCACUCAGAGCAGUACUUCUUCUUAGAAGUCGGCAGGUCCACCGUCAUCGGUCCAGGAGAGCUGUGGAUGCAGGUGGAUGACUGUGUGGUGGCCCAAAAUAUGCAUGAAUUGUUUUUGGAGAAGAUGAGAGCCUUAUGUGCAGAUGAAUACCGAGCCCGCUGCCGCAGCUACAGCGUCGGUGUUGGCGCCCACCUGUUAACCCUGCUGUCCGCUAGGAGGCACCUGGGCUUGCUGCCACUGGAGCCUGGCGGCUGGCUCCGAAGGUCCCGCUUUGACCAGGUUUGUCACCUCAGAGCCAUUGGUGACGGGGAAGAGGAGAUGCUCUUUACCCGGCGCCUCAUCACACCCAGCGAGCCUGUGCCUCCCUCCAGGCGAGGAAGGAUGCACCUGCCCAGACCACGGAGGUCCCGGAGAGCAAUUUCGGUACCACCUAGCUUUUUUCACCGCUUAGCACCUAGCCAGGUAUGUGCCUCGCACCCUGAAGAAGCCCCCAACGAUGGAGCCUCAGGCUCCCGCUCUGGCAACUCUGGAGGAAAAGACAAGGAGGAUGAAGAAGGAAACGAAGGUGACUACAUGCCCAUGAACUACUGGGGCUCAGGAAAUGGUCGUGGCUCAGGAGGUGGCCAGGGCUCAACUGGCCAAGGCUCCAGUAGCCAGAGCUCAGGUGGGAGACAGGGAUCUGGAGGUCGCCAGGGCUCAACUGGCCAAGGCUCCAGUAGCCAGAGCUCAGGAGGAAACCAGUGCUCUGGAGAUGGAUGGGGUACCGCAGGUGGCCAUGGCUCAGGCGGAGGCCAAAGGCCCGGAGGUGGUCACGGCUCAGGUGGUCAGGGACCUGGAGAUGGUCAUGGUUCUGGUGGCAGAAAGAACUCAGGAGGGAGAAAGGGCUUGGGAAGUGGAAAAAACUCUGAUGAUGGUGAUCAUGGAAAAUCUCUGAAGAAAAGAUCUUACUUUGGUAAAUUCACUCAAAGCAAGCAACAGCAAAUGAUGCCUCCACCACCACCUCCACCUCCACCUCCACCAGCUGGAGCAACUGGUGGAAAAGGGAAGUCCGGGGGAAGAUUCCGACUUUAUUUUUGUGCUGACAGAGGGGCCACUAAAGAACGCAAGGAAGCCAAAGAGGUGAGAGUUGUGGAGACCCCAAAAGGUGCAGCCCGGGGUGCUCACCAAGUCAGAGCCUUUGAUGAAGAUGAAGAUGACCCAUAUGUGCCAAUGCGGCCUGGGGUGGCUGCUCCUCUAGCCAGCUCCAGUGAUUACAUGCCAAUGGCUCCUCAAAAUGUCUCUGUUACACAAAAGCGCCACUCUCGAUCACCUUUUGAAGACUCAAGAGGAUAUAUGAUGAUGUUUCCCAGAGUGAGCCCACCACCACCUACCCCAAGUCCCCCCAAAGCACCUAAUUCCAAUAAAGAGGAUGAUUCAAAGGACAACGACAGUGACAGUGACUACAUGUUUAUGGCUCCUGGAGCAGGUGCAAUUCCUAAAAACCCCAGAAAUUCUCAGGGAGGCUCUUCAUCCAAAAGUUGGAGCUCCUACUUCUCUCUGCCAGAUCCUAUUCAGAGUUCACCACUGGGGCAGAGUGACCCUAGUGACUAUGUUCCGAUGCUACCUGGAAAAGUCCUGGGGAAGGGCCCAGACAAAGAAGCCUCCUCUAGCCAGGGCCCCAAAGAUGAAGAUUCAAAGCCUCCAGCCCAGGGGUCAUUCUCAAAACCUGAAGAUGGGGGAUCACCUUUAAAACCUUCAGAUACAGAAUCCCCAAAGAACAAGGCUAAUAGACCUAACCAACUUUAUUUUAUUGCAGAGGAAAAUAAAAUCAAGCCCAACCCACAAAAGCCCACAGAGGAACUGAGAGAAGCUGACAGCUCUCCUGACGACUUCAACAUGGGCUUCCCUAAGAGAGAACGUGCUAUGCUAGCUCUUUGUGCUCCACCACUGCCAGAUUCAUGGGGCAUAAUUGCUGGUCCCAGACACUCAGCUUUUUCUAAUUACCUGAAUGUUGGGUUCAGAGUGUCAUUUCUAAAUUCAGCAAGCCGCCUCUCAGAUAUUUUAAGAGAUAUACCAGGUGCCAACCCCUUCUUUCUGGACGGUGCUAGGUGGUCACUUCCUCCUCUUCCACUCAGUGCUACAGGUAGCAACGCUCAUGUGGCAGGGUGUGAGUACAUCGAAUUAACUUUCAACCCAGCAAUGACACCAGCCGUGCCUUUUGCUGACCGUGCCAUUCGCUAUGAUGCUGAAACAGGUCGAAUCUACGUGGUCGACCCAUUUUCUGAGUGCUGUAUGGACAUUUCUCUCUCUCCCAGCCUGGAGCUGCCACCUGUAGCUAGGCUGCUGCAGGAAGAAGUGCAGGAGAGAGGACGCCCACAAAGCGUUUCCCAAAGUUUCUUUGCAGCAGCCAGCUCCGCUGUCUCCGCUUUCCCAAUUGAUAGCCUGGGAAGAGACUUUUCCGACCUCUCCGCCUUGGUUGCUGCUCUGGCAGCGGCACCACCCUUGGUGGUGGGCCGGGCGUUAGCUCUGGCCUCCGCAUUAGCCGCAGCCCCAGGCAUUGGCGCAACCGCUGCAGGCUUCCAGGCUGCCGCUGGAUUUGACUCCGCCUCUGAUCGCUGGUUCCAACCUGUUGCUAAUAUUCUUGGUGCCCAGGCAUUAAGAGGGGUCCAGGACAUUGCCAAUGGCCUGAAUGCUGGAGCCCCUAACCCAGCUGCAGACAUUGGCAGACAUGAGAACAUCGCGGGUCGGGCAGCCGCUGCAGAUGCUGCUCCCCCACUGCCUCCUCGCCACCGCCGGGCUCUGAGACCCCCAGAGAGAGCAGAUUCUGAGGAGGAAGAGGAGGACGGCGACAACGACAUUUACGUGAGAAUGGACUUUGCCAGACGUGACCACAAAAACUUCGACUCUCCAAAAAGAGAGUGAGUACAUUGCCACAAAAAAAUAAUCAAACACAUUUUAGAAGAAAAGUGACACAGAAUUUCAUCUUCGAGUACUCCAGAUCUGCCUAAAGGAAAGAAAAUUCAGAGGCUUCUGAAUAGAACGCAGCCUAAAUUUCUGUCGGUCAACAAUCGGACUGUGGCAGCUGAAUGAUCCUGCACAUGGAGUUCAUUCUUGCCGCUGCCCUGUGGAUUCACUGAUUUUUUUAAAUUAAGAAUAUUCACACCUGCUUUAGUUUUGUUUUCUAGUUUCCCUCCCUGAUCUCUUUCUUUAAAAGGAAUCCCUUAAUUAGCACCCUGUAAUGCUUUCCUUUUCCUGUCUAAAAAAGUGUUUUCAAUCUAUGUAAAUGUAGCCAGCACAAAUUUUAAUGAUAUAAUACCUGGAUGAAUGUUCAACAUGAACAUCUUUAAACCAUGGCAGAUAAAGAAAAAAAAUAUUUGAAUGAGAAGGUAGGUAUGAUCUGGAAUCUUUUUUUUUUUCUGAUCAGUACAUACUUAGAACAUUUCUUGAUCAAUGAAUUAAAUGUAAAAUGAACUGAUAUCUUGACAGAUCAUUUUCAAUAUUUAAAGUCAUGACUAAAGGGCAAAUUAUCUCAGCUUUUGCUCAUCAAUAAACUAAAGCAUUCUGUUGACAUUGUCAACUCAAGUGAUAUCUUGUCAGUUUCCAACAUUUUAAAGGUGGAACUGAAGAGCAAGUUUUUGACUUGUUCAUAUAGAUCCGCAUGAUGUUCUGCCAGCAGACUGAGCAUUUCCAAACCUAUUUUCUUAAAUUUUAUUUUAAAACCAAUAUUUUCCUCUGAAAAGAAGCAAGCCUAUUCAAGUCUCCAUCUCACAAGACCCCUCUCUGGACCUUCUCCCUUCUUCCUUUGUCCCUCCCUUCCCUCACUUUCCAGCCAUUCCUCCAACAACUAUUCUCCCUUCCCUGCCCAGGACUCCUAUGAAGAAGUCAGUUUCCCAUAUUUAAAAAAUUAAUGUGUGCUUAUCAACUGAUAGUCUGACUGUAACUUAAGCCAAAAGGAACCUCUUAUAAGGCCUUGCAUCCUUUCGGACAAUGAGCCAAUAUAAGAUGCACAAAAUAUAAAAAUCAGAGCAAGCUCUCCCCUGCUGUAUUUGCUUGCCUCUGAUGGAAACUGAGUUAAGAUUUUAGGAACCUGGACCUUUGAGAUUAUGAUAACAGCAGGUGGUGACCACAGAGGAUAGGUACAAAGGUCUUGAAGCUUGCUUAGAGCUUUGUUAUGUGGUGGCAUACAGCUCUUCGCUGUAGUACUGUCACUAGCAAACCUCAUCAUCUCACAGAUGGGUGU